AUGCUAUCAUCCUCACUUCGCCUCUGGCCAAUCCACACAUCGAGGAUCAUCACACGCACGCGUCCAGCAGCAGCAGCAGCGACAGCACUCCGCUCCCUUACAACUAGCACCACCAGCACCACCCCUCGGCCCGGCCCGAGACUCUCUGCCCACCGCCAGCCGCACCGCACGGCCUGCUUCUGCGCUUCGCUCUCCGCCUUAUCCACCGACGCAAUGUCCGCCUCCGUGUCCGGCGGUGCUUCCGCCUCGUCCGCCAAGCCCGACGAGUACCGUCUCCCCACCGACGUCUACCCCCGCCAGUAUGACCUCGCGUUCAAGACCGACCUCCACUCGUCGCCUCCCAGCUUUGCCGGCGAGGGUCUUAUCUCGCUCGACGUCCUCAACAACACGGCCAAGGUCGUGUUCAACCUCCACCCCUCGUUGAACAUCACCCACAUUGCCCUCCAGACCACCGAGCUCAAGACCACCGCUGCGGUCCAGAUCCCCAUCUCGGCGCUCACGGUUGACAAGGACCAGGAGCGCGGCAAGAUUGAUGUCUCGAGCCUUCCCGGCGGCGGCCUCAAGGCCGGCACCAAGGUCAAGCUCUUCCUCCGCUGGGAGGCCGAGCUCGGCACCAACAUGGUCGGCUACUACAAGUCGGACGGCGACCUCGACGAGGCCACUGGCAAGCGUCCUAUCUACGCGCUUACCCAGUUCGAGCCUACCGCUGCCCGCCGCGCGUUCCCGUCCUGGGACGAGCCCUUGCUCAAGUCGCAGUUCGCCAUCACCAUGAUCGCCCGCGACCACGAGACUGUGCUCGCCAACAUGCCUUCCGUGUCGGUCAAGCCUUGGAAGCCGGCCUCGAACGCUUCGAUCGACCAGGUCCUUGCUGAGGGCUACGAGCUCGGCUCGCUCCUCACCAAGUCGUACGCCUCUGGCAAGACUGAGGGCAAGACCGAGGGCAAGACUGAGGGAAAGACCGAGGGCAAGACUGAGGGCAAGACGGAGGGUAAGACUGAGGGCAAGACUGAGGCUGCCGCCGGCUCGGGCAACUGGAACAUCACCAAGUUCGAGAACACCCCCCUUGUCUCGACCUACCUCGUCGCCUUCGCUUGCGGUGAGUUUGCCAGCCUCGAGAGCGAGCACCACUCGCUCCUCACCGGCAAGACUGUCCCCCUCAAGAUCUACGCCACGCCCAACCAGAUCAAGCAGGCCCAGUUCGGCCUCGACAUCAAGAAGUGGGCGCUCCCCGUGUACGAGGAGAUCUUCGACAUUGCCUACCCCCUGCCCAAGCUCGACACUCUCGUCGCCCAUGACUUUGACGCCGGUGCCAUGGAGAACUGGGGUCUCAUCACUGGCCGUACCACUGCCUACCUCUACGACCCCGAGAAGUCGUCGCUUGCCGCCAAGAAGCGUGUGGCCACCGUUCAGUGCCACGAGCUCGCCCACAUGUGGUUCGGCGACAUUGUCACCAUGAAGUGGUGGGACAACCUCUGGCUCAACGAGGCGUUCGCCACGCUCAUGGGCGAGCUCGUCAUCCCCGACCGCAUCUGGCCCGAGUGGAAGGUCCGCCAGGAGUUCCUCAACGUCCACCUUGCCAACGCCCUCGCCCUCGACUCGCAGCGCUCGUCGCACCCCAUCGAGGUCGACUGCCCCGACGCCAACCAGAUUAACCAGAUCUUCGACUCGAUCUCGUACUCGAAGGGCGCCUCGGUCCUCCGCAUGCUUUCCGGCGUUGUUGGCGAGGAGAAGUUCCUCAAGGGUGUGUCCAUCUACCUCAAGAAGCACGUCUACGGAAACGCCGAGACCAAGGACCUCUGGGAGGGUAUCGCGGAGGCGUCGGGCCUCGACGUCGCCAAGAUCAUGGCCAACUGGACUCUCAAGAUUGGUUUCCCCGUCAUCACUGUCGAGGAGCCCGGAGACGGCACCAUCAAGGUGACCCAGAACCGUUUCCUCUCUACCGGCGACGUCAAGCCCGAGGAGGACGAGACCAUCUGGUACGUCCCUCUCGAGGUCAAGACGAUCAACGGCGCCACCGAGGAGAUCGACCACAAGGCUGUGCUCAACGAGCGCUCCGCCACCUACAAGCUCGGCGGCUCGGACACGUUCAAGCUCAACGCCGAGACCAUUGGUGUCUACCGCGUCAAGUACACUCCUGAGCGCCUUGCCAAGCUCGGCAAGGACGCCCAGAAGUUCUCCGUCUCGGACCGUGUCGGUCUCGUUUCGGACGCCACCACCCUCGCCCGUGCCGGCUACGGCAAGACCUCGGGCUCGCUCACUGUCGCCCUUGGUGUUGGUGAGACCGACACCGAGUUCCUUCCCCUCGCCCAGGUCGGCGGUGCGUUCGGCAAGCUCGCCGGUGUCUGGUGGGAGCAGCCCGAGGAGGUGCGCAACGCCAUCAGCGCUGCCCGCAUCAAGAUCUUCCGCCCCGUCAUUGAGCGCCUCGGCUACGAGGACCGCCCUGGAGACGCUCCCGACGUCAAGGAGCUCCGUGAGCUCGCUGUUUCGACGGUUGCCGUCGCCGAGGACCCCGAGGUCCUCGCCGAGCUCAAGGCGCGCUUCCAGCCCUUCCUCUCGAACAACGACGACUCGCGUAUCCCCCCCGACCUCCAGCGCUCCAUCUUCUCCAACGCCGUCCGCCACGGUGGCGAGGCCGAGUACAACAAGAUCCUCGAGGUGUACAACAAGCCCCCCAACCCCAGCUCCAAGGUCGACGCCAUGUACGCGCUUGCCGCUGCCCGUGACGCCAAGCUGCUGGACCGCACCUUUGCCAUGCUCACGGACGGAUCUGUCAAGGACCAGGACCUGUACAUCUUCUUCUACGGCCUUGGCGGCAACCGCGCCGCUCGCCGCCGCGUUGCCGACUACUUCUUCGACAACUACGACGCUCUCAACAAGCGCUACUCGGACUCGUUCGGUAUCUCGUACCUCAUCAAGGGCUCUCUCAACUCGCUGUCGAGCAAGGAGGACCUCGAGAAGGUCAAGGCCUUCUUCAAGGACAAGGACGUCCGCCGCUUCCGCCUGUCGGUUGCCCAGGUGUACGACACUAUCCAGGCCGCGUCCGACUGGCUCGAGCGCGACCAGAAGGAUGUCGAGCAGUGGCUCAAGGAGAACAAGUUCCUGUAGGCGGUGGCGACAUAGAGUUGACAGAAGCAAAACAAGGAUGCACGAUGUGCGGUAGGAA